AUGGAUUCUCCACAUGAGGAAGUUGACCUCCCAUUGCUUCCUUACGAGCCCACAGACGACAAGCACCACUACGAAUCCGAAAUAUUGUUCUCAGGAACCGACAAGCACAUCGAUAACGCUCUUGGCAAAUCAGUAACUGCUAUCACUAUACGGCGUCGCAAAAAACUGUACACAAUCCUCUUGACAAACUGUAUCACAUGCCUCGCUACGAUCUCAGUCAUUGCUGCUACCUGGGUUAUGAUGUCGGAGCGGUCUCGCUGGACGAUAUCUUCGAGUACGACGUUUGUAUAUGAUGAAGUGUACAGCAUAGAUUCGCCACAGGCUAGAGGCUGUGGAAGCACAGUCGAGGAGGCCACGGCGCUGGGAUGCCGGUUCGAUGAGUUGUCGGACCUCUGGCUGCCGAAGGCAUGUUCUCGGAAAUACGAAGAAGAAUAUCUUCGCAGUAACAACGGUGGAGCUUUUGUUUAUUGGUCCGAUCCCAGUGGUGAUCAUGUGAUCACGAACCGGUCGCAAUAUGCCGGUGUAGCAACGUACUUCUCGACGACACGGGAUCAUCUACGCCAUUGCGAGUACAACCUGUAUCGUUUUGCGGAUUCGCUCACAACAGGCGAUUUGGUUGGGCAUGCGGAAGGCUUUGGGCCCCACAUGCAUCACUGUGCUAAUGUGUUGGGCAAAUUCGCUAACCUCGCUCCGGAUAUUGAUAACAUUGACGUUGAUACGGAAUCUACAUUCGGGUUCUGUUGA